UAGUAUCCGGAACUGGCAUUGCUCACUUGCAUUUCCUGCACGUUUUGCUGCCGGAAAUCCCUGGUUUCUCCGGCGAAGAACAGCGCGGAUCAGUACCAGUGUGUCCGGAGUGUCCGGGCCAGAUGGAGCGGGAGCAGGAGCAGGAGGCGGGCACAGCACAGCAACUGCUCGGUCGGCGCGUGCGCGCGGACACGCGACACCCGGUGUACCGCGGCAUCCGGUACCGCGGGGGCAAGUGGGUGUCGGAGAUCCGGGAGCCGCGCAAGUCCAACAGGAUCUGGCUGGGCACGUACCCGGCGCCGGAGAUGGCCGCCGCGGCCUACGACGCCGCCGCAUUGGCUCUGCGGGGCGCCGAGGCCGCGCUCAACUUCCCCGGCGCGGCCAUGUCCCGGCCCGCGCCGGCGUCGUGCUCUCCCGACGACAUCCGCGCGGCCGCUGCGGCCGCCGCUGCCGCGGUGAUCGGCCGUUCCCAUUCGCCGCAGGUGGGUGGUGAAGCAGCUGCUGGUGGUGGUUGCGGUGCAAGCACUUGGUCGUCCGGUGCCGGUGCCCAGGGCCAGGUGCCGGAGCACCGAGCGGGCGACAGGCGGAUCGUGGACGAGGACGACGUGUUCCAGGUGCCGCGACUGCUGGCGGGCAUGGCCGAGGGGUUGAUGAUGAGCCCACCGAGGCUCGUCGGCCCCGCGACGGACGGCGCCGUGUUGCUGGAGGAGGACGGCAGCGAGGACGGCGUGGUGAGCCUGUGGGAUCACUCGUGAACUCAGAACUCAACCAUGCAUGCAUAAUUGCAUUGCAUCCUGACGUGGACGUGAGCGUCAACGGCUACAAACACUAUACAAGUACAAACGUCGCGCCACAGUGUGGCUAGAGAGGGGGACGGCGUGCCUCUGGAACGAAUCUGUCCUUUGUUUCACUGCAUGCACUAGUGGAUUAGGAUCAGGUAGCCCGUGGCCAAGUUAUUACUACGGCGGAGUUUUGAUGCUCCUGAUACUCUCUGCCGCCAGAUCGCUGAACACGUGCAUCUGUAACUCCAGUACCGGUCUGCACUCCCGUAGCACACGGCUCUGCACACUUCGCUGGAGAGCAGAGCAGAGCAGAGAGCAUGGACAAGGCGUGUCCCAGAUGUGUAAAUUCUGCAGUACAGCCGUGCAGUGCAGCUACUACUACACCAGUCGACGGCCUUGGCCUUGUUUAGGGCUUGUUUAGUUCCAAAAUUUUUUGCAAAAUCGAAACGGUAGCAUUUUCGUUUGUA